UUUGCAUAUGUAUCCACUAGUGUACGUUUUUUUGCUUAGUUUGAUUCAAAACCAACACGAAAAAUGGCUCCUGCUCGUAUAUUUUCUUUGCGAUUUUCAUUCUGAACAUUAUGGUCUGUUAUGCUUGAGCUGAAGAUCAAAGGGAAGACUGUUGUUACGGUAGAUAAGCCCUUUAUUACAAUAAGUGGAACAAAGGCAAGUGAGACAAUCAUAACUUGGAAUGAUAGUGGGGAUAUAUUGCAAUCUCCUACGUUCUCCGUUCAGGCUUCCGAUUUCAUUGGCCGAUUCCUUACCAUUCAGGACACAUUGUUUGAUGACAAUGGAAGACAUUACUAUAGCAAUUGCUACAUCGAAGGAGCCGUUGAUUUUAACUGUGGCAAUGCGCCAAUGCCUAUUCUCUUUUUGAGACUGUUUGUAGGGGUUUUGCAGAAAUGUCAUUUGCGUUCACUCUCUGAGGGAACCAGAGCGAUUACAGCACAGCAAAGGCAAUCUCCAUCGAAGAACACAGGGUUUAUAUUCUUGGGUUGCAAUAUUACCGGAGUCGAGAGCACGGUGUUAGGCAGGCCGUGGGGUGCAUAUUCUAAAGUCGUAUUUGUUCAAACCUACAUGUCUAAUGUGGUGCUGCCCCAGGGAUGGGAAAACUGGGGAGAUCCAGCGAAACAAAGGUAAGCAUUUUUCUGACAAAAAAAAAGUAUUCUUUUUAAUGUUAUUAUUUUGAAAUUUCAGUAAUCUCGUGAAAAUGUUGUCUUCUGGUUUCUUGAUUCUGCAGCACCGUGUGUACUAGAUGCUGAAUAUCAAAGUUCAGGGCCUGGACCUAAGACCCAAGACCCAGAAGAAGGUUACUUGGUCCAGAGAACUCACGAGCAAUGAAGCCCAGCCCUAAGU